AUGGCCAGUAGAGGAAGCUCUCUCAGACCUCGCUCGGUGGAGCUGGGCCUGGAGGAACGUCGUGGGAAGGGCCGCACGACCGAUGAGCUGGAGCCCGGCACUGGCACCGUGGAGGAUGGAGACGGGUCCGGGGAUGGCGGCAGUGGGGUGGGGUCAGGCUCUGGGACCGGCGCGGUGCUGUCGCUGGGCGCCUGCUGCCUGGCCUUGCUGCAGAUAUUCCGCUCUAAGAAGUUCCCGUCGGACAAACUGGAGCGGCUGUACCAGCGCUACUUCUUCCGCCUGAACCAGAGCAGCCUCACCAUGCUCAUGGCCGUGCUGGUGCUCGUGUGCCUGGUCAUGCUGGCCUUCCACGCGGCUCGGCCCCCGCUCCAGAUACCCUACCUGGCCGUGUUGGCAGCUGCUGUGGGCGUGAUCCUUAUCAUGGCCGUGCUCUGCAACCGUGCAGCCUUCCACCAGGACCACAUGGGUCUGGCCUGCUAUGCACUCAUUGCGGUAGUGCUGGCCGUCCAGGUAGUGGGCCUGUUGCUGCCGCAGCCACGCAGUGCCUCCGAGGGCAUCUGGUGGACCGUGUUCUUCAUCUACACCAUCUACACGCUGCUGCCUGUGCGCAUGAGGGCCGCGGUGCUCAGCGGGGUGCUUCUGUCGGCCCUCCACCUGGCCAUCUCUCUGCGCACCAACGCCCAGGACCAGUUUCUGCUGAAGCAGCUUGUCUCCAAUGUCCUCAUCUUCUCCUGCACCAACAUUGUGGGUGUCUGCACUCACUACCCAGCUGAGGUCUCCCAGAGACAGGCCUUCCAGGAGACCCGGGAGUGUAUCCAGGCUCGGCUUCACUCACAGCGGGAGAAUCAACAACAGGAGCGUCUCCUGCUGUCUGUCCUUCCCCGUCAUGUUGCCAUGGAGAUGAAAGCAGACAUCAACGCCAAGCAGGAGGAUAUGAUGUUCCACAAGAUUUACAUCCAGAAACAUGACAAUGUGAGCAUCCUGUUUGCUGACAUCGAGGGCUUCACCAGCCUGGCAUCCCAGUGUACUGCCCAGGAACUGGUCAUGACCCUCAAUGAGCUCUUCGCCCGCUUUGACAAGUUGGCUGCGGAGAAUCACUGUUUACGGAUUAAGAUCCUCGGGGAUUGUUACUACUGCGUCUCUGGGCUGCCUGAAGCCAGGGCUGACCACGCCCACUGCUGCGUGGAGAUGGGCAUGGACAUGAUCGAGGCUAUCUCGUUGGUCCGGGAGGUGACAGGGGUGAACGUGAACAUGCGUGUGGGAAUUCACAGCGGGAGAGUACACUGCGGCGUCCUUGGUCUCAGAAAGUGGCAGUUCGACGUAUGGUCUAACGAUGUCACACUGGCCAACCACAUGGAGGCUGGUGGCAAAGCGGGACGCAUCCAUAUCACCAAGGCCACACUCAACUACCUGAAUGGGGACUAUGAGGUGGAGCCAGGCUGUGGUGGCGAGCGCAAUGCCUACCUCAAGGAGCACAGCAUCGAGACCUUCCUCAUCCUGCGCUGUACCCAGAAGCGGAAAGAAGAGAAAGCCAUGAUUGCCAAGAUGAACCGCCAGAGAACCAAUUCCAUCGGACACAACCCACCCCACUGGGGAGCUGAGCGCCCCUUCUACAACCACUUGGGUGGUAACCAGGUGUCCAAGGAGAUGAAGAGGAUGGGCUUUGAAGACCCCAAGGACAAGAAUGCCCAGGAAAGUGCCAACCCUGAGGAUGAAGUGGACGAGUUUCUGGGCCGGGCCAUUGAUGCCAGGAGCAUUGACAGACUACGGUCUGAACACGUCCGCAAGUUCCUCUUGACCUUCAGGGAGCCCGACUUAGAGAAGAAGUACUCCAAGCAGGUGGAUGACCGAUUUGGUGCCUAUGUGGCCUGUGCCUCGCUUGUUUUCCUCUUCAUCUGCUUUGUCCAGAUCACCAUCGUGCCCCACUCCCUGUUCAUGCUGAGUUUCUACCUGUCGUGUUUCCUGCUGCUGGCCUUGGUGGUGUUUGUGUCCGUGAUCUACGCCUGUGUGAAGCUCUUCCCCACUCCCCUGCAGACACUCUCCAGGAAGAUUGUACGAUCCAAGACAAACAGCACCCUGGUUGGGGUGUUCACCAUCACCCUGGUGUUCCUCUCAGCUUUUGUCAACAUGUUCAUGUGCAACUCUAAGAACCUAGUGGGCUGCCUGGCGGAGGAGCACAACAUCACGGUGAACCAAGUCAACGCAUGUCAUGUGAUGGAGUCGGCCUUCAACUACAGCCUGGGUGACGAGCAGGGCUUCUGUGGUAGCCUCCAGCCCAACUGCAACUUCCCAGAGUACUUCACCUACAGUGUGCUGCUCAGCCUGCUGGCCUGCUCCGUGUUCCUACAGAUCAGCUGCAUCGGGAAGCUGGUGCUCAUGCUGGCCAUCGAGCUCAUCUAUGUGCUCAUCGUUGAGGUGCCCGGUGUCACACUCUUUGACAACGCUGAUCUCCUGGUCACCGCCAAUGCCAUAGACUUCAGCAACAACGGGACUUCCCAGUGCCCUGAGCAUGCGACCAAGGUGGCGCUGAAGGUGGUGACACCGAUCGUCAUCUCUGUCUUCGUGCUGGCUCUGUAUCUGCAUGCCCAGCAGGUGGAGUCCACUGCUCGCCUUGACUUCCUGUGGAAACUGCAGGCCACAGAGGAGAAAGAGGAGAUGGAGGAGCUGCAGGCCUACAACAGACGACUGCUGCACAACAUUCUGCCCAAGGACGUGGCUGCUCACUUCCUGGCCCGAGAGCGGCGCAAUGAUGAGCUCUAUUACCAGUCCUGCGAGUGCGUGGCUGUCAUGUUCGCCUCGAUCGCCAACUUCUCUGAAUUCUAUGUGGAGCUAGAGGCCAACAACGAGGGCGUCGAGUGCCUGAGGCUGCUCAAUGAGAUCAUCGCAGACUUUGAUGAGAUCAUCAGUGAGGACCGGUUCAGGCAGCUGGAAAAGAUCAAGACCAUAGGUAGCACCUACAUGGCUGCCUCUGGCCUCAACGAUUCUACCUAUGACAAGGCAGGCAAGACCCACAUCAAAGCUCUUGCAGACUUUGCCAUGAAGCUGAUGGACCAGAUGAAGUACAUCAAUGAGCACUCCUUCAACAACUUCCAGAUGAAGAUCGGGCUCAACAUUGGACCCGUAGUGGCUGGAGUCAUUGGAGCUCGCAAGCCUCAGUAUGAUAUCUGGGGCAAUACAGUAAAUGUUGCCAGCCGUAUGGACAGCACUGGGGUGCCUGACCGCAUCCAGGUCACUACAGACAUGUACCAGGUGCUGGCCGCCAACACAUACCAGCUGGAGUGCCGGGGUGUGGUCAAGGUCAAGGGCAAGGGUGAGAUGAUGACCUACUUCCUCAAUGGAGGGCCUCCCCUCAGUUAG